AUGCGGAAUUGGACUCAGGAGGCCCUCGAUUAUCUUCGCGAGGAGAUCAAGGCAACUACUGCGGAUGCUGAAGCCAGAAUCAACAAGGCCGCCGAGUCCGUCACAACACUGAAGGACAUGAUCCAGGCUAAGCAGGUGGAGUUGAUCCAGAGGAGAAAGGAGGUGUCUCGCCUGUAUCACGAUGCAGAAUCUGUGGAGCUGGAAAAUCAGAAGCUUCAAGUCCAGCUUACCAGAGCGUCUCUGCAUGUGGGAGGUCAGAGCCAACAUGACGGCGAAGAGGCCGAGCAGCUUCGACGUGAGGCGGAGGACUUCCACACACAGAAAGAGGCCCUGCUUCUGAUUUUACGAGACUUCUACGGCGCCAUGGGAGAGGUGGACAUCGUAGGAUCGGUGUUCAAUGCCGACGGCGAGGGGCUGUGCUUUGAAGCAGUGCGCCGGCUCGCUUUCAGCGUGCCCCUCGGUUCAGGUCCUGCAGCCUUGGAGCAAGGUUCCAUAGGUUUGCCCGUGGGUGCGGUAACAUCUGUUCUGGCAGGGACUGGCUGCUUGCUUUACGACAGCAUGAGGGCAUGGAGUUCCACUCAAGUUGCGAUGGAAGCAUGCUUUGCAGGACGACGGCAGCAGCGAUUGGAUUUUUGCUAUCGCGGACCUUCCUCAGGCCCCAGAUUCAGCAAAUUGCGGAGGAGAACGAGACUUUCCGAGACAUCAACAAGGCAUCUGCCGGAAAGUUUGACUUGA